AUGUACUACGCAGGUAUCCCACCCAACGGUAACCAGAGUCUGAAUUCUCCUGGUGCAGACAACCCCAACAUCUAUAUGUCCGCCCCCAGCCCUUAUGGUCCGGCACCAACAGGAUACCCCCCUGGACAUCCGGCCUUGGCCGCCCGCUACGCCGCAGCUCCUCAAGCCUACGCAGUGGUGUCCAAUGGAGGCCCGACGGGCUACACCACCAUUUCCCCGGCCUAUGCCUCCAUGCAGUACUCCGGCAUGCAGUGCAUUCCCACUUCCAGCCAGGCUUACAUCUCUGCUGGCCAGUACCCUGGGAUAGCUUACCAAACCACUCUGGCUCCGAGAUCCGCACCGGGGUCCCCGUACCCUGCCCCGGGGCAGGCUGGGGGUCCGGUUAUGGCAGCGUAUUCGCAGAUGCCUGGUGGCAUCCCUGUGACUGCUUCCAGGUCCUACACGAUUGGAACCAUGCCUGCCUAUGCCCAAGCGUAUCAACUGCCUGCUGCAUACCAUGGAGGAGCGGCUGCCUAUGGUCCCCCUUUUUAG